AUGGCGUUGAUGUUCACAGUCACUUCCAGUAUCAAGAAGGCUGUGACGCUGAUCAACAGUCUUGAUGAUGCUAAGUUCCCACGUAUUAUCUCGAGAAUAUUACAAAAAUUCCAUCUGAAGGAUGAACAUGCAUUCAGUGAAGAAGAAGAGGAGAAGCUCCAAUUAGCCUUUGGGCUCGGAAGCCAAGAAUUGGGACUAGUCAUAGAAACACUGGAAUUUUUCCUUCAUCAGGCUGCCUAUCACACUGCUAAGCCUGCUGUAUUAUCACAACAGUUAAAAGAACUGGAAUUAUCAGAGUCCAAGAUUCAAGCCAUUGUAGAAGCCUGGAGUACAAAUGCCAAAGGGAUUAUUGAAAAACUAAGACAGAGAACAGUAGCACCAAAACAACUGGAAGAUAUCAACUGGAGAUUGAAUCUACAAAUGGCACAGGCUUCCAAGUCCAGGCUGAAGCUGCCAAAUGCCCAGUUUGAAUUAGGAGUAAGAGAUGACAGAUCAGGAGAAAAGGAGAAAAUUCGAAUGGAAUUCAGCCACGAUGAACUAUACGCCUUUUACAAUCAAUUAGAGACUAUUCAAACACAGAUUGAUAACUUGAGCUAGGAAAACAGAAUAUGUGCCUAUCAAUUAUUGAUGUAGACUUUAGUUUUGGAGAUAACUCUGCACACUGAUACUAAACUACUUCUCCAAAUCAAAUUAUAACAACCGAAACUAAAAGUGAUUUGCGGAAAUAGCAGAACUCAUGUGUAUCAUUCUAGGGAUGUCUUGAAGAGCAUAACAGCUAACUAAGGUACUUAUGCGCAUGUGAAACCAGAUGCAAGUUAAUCCGGAAAUUUAAUUCGAGUUUCUUGAUUCCUUAGAGAGGGAGUAUUUAUUUUGUCCUGUCGAGUGUUUGUAAGAAAGACUUGAUUCUACCAAGAAUUAAUAAAGACUAGUCUUUAUUAAUUCUUGAUUCUACCAAUAUAGCUAUGGUGCUUUUAUUAUAAUCAUAUAUUUAGUGUUGAAUUGAAAACUGACUAUCGUCAAGGUAAAUUAUUAUUGAGACAAGACUUCUUUGAUUGCCAGUGUAAGCAUUUGUUAAAACCGCUCAAACACUUUUCAAUUCUAAUUUUUGUUCUCCUCUCCCCAACAAGUGAUUGAAGUCAGCAAUAUAAAGAGGAGCAUUCCCAGCAAAUGUAUUUGUAUAUAGGUCCGUGCUGAUAGCAUGUUCAUUCCAAAGUUUUCAUAAGAUUAAGAAUUCGAAGUAAUGGGGUAUGAACUACAAAUUAUUUUGUGUAUGAUUUUACGUUGAAACAAAAAUUUUGUGGCGAUAUGUGCUAGAACUCUUGACUGAACAAGUUGCAGUCUGUUGUAAGUUGGUCACAAUGCAAAAUACAAAGUAUACAAUAUAAUGAAAUCAAAAUGAUUCAA